UGAAACAUCCAAAUGUUUGGAUGCCACGCCUCCCCUGCUACUAGAAUGGACAGUCCCACACAGUCACGUGAACAAACAUGGCGGUCACGAGUCCGAAAAUAUGUUUUUUCGGCGCUGUUUUAUGACGUUUUGUGGAAUAUUCUCUCCCUACGUUACCGCACACCGACUUCAAGGACAUGGCGAGACUAUUUCUGCGCUGCAUGUGCAGGAACAAGACGUUUCAGCGGACGUUCUGCUCCCAAAAUGCGCAAAACGACCCUCCAGUGUUCCAACCGGGAAAAGUUCUCGUCCUCAGCAAAAUGUCCCGUUUCGAAUUUGAGAAACACAAGCAGCCUUACCUGUCUGAAGACGAGCUGAGGAGACGGUUAGCAGCCAGAGGUUCCAACUAUGAAGGUCUGAUGAGACGACACAAAAUCCACACCAGGAACCUGGAGUCUGUCACAGAGGCACUCAGAAGCCAUGGUGUGGAGGUGAAGGUUGUCCAGAAACACGAGUACACGCCGGAGAAGGUCAACUGGGCUGAUGUCAUCAUGUCUGCUGGAGGUGAUGGUACGUUCCUCAUGGCUGCCAGUCACAUCCUGACCCGGAAGAAACCAUUAAUAGGGGUGAACACGGACCCGUCCCGGUCCGAGGGGUUCCUGUGUUUACCUAAGGAGUAUUCUGGGAAGUUUUCUCAGGCUCUGGAAAGGCUGCUGGAUGGGAAGUUCAGGUGGAGAUGGAGGAACAGAAUCCGCAUCACCCUGGAGGGUUACAAGGUCAGCCUCAUCGACCCUGUUGACCUGGAUGACCUUGAACUGGGAGCUCACGAUCACCUUGGACCUCACCGAGACUACAGAUACCAGAGUGAGUCUGAUGAUGAGAGGCUGCUCCAUCCGUCAGAGCGAUCGUUAGACGAGACAGAGACGACCGUCCUGCCCAUCCGCGCGUUGAACGAGAUCUUUGUCGGGGAGACCAGAGCUUCCAGGACAUCGUACUACGAGUUGUCUGUUGACGGACGUCGGUGGGAGAAACAGAAAAGUUCCGGCCUGACCGUGUGUACUGGGACAGGGUCAUCAUCAUGGUCCCUGCAUAUCAACCAGCUGACUUACCAGAGCACCAGAGAGAUCCUCAGGAUUGUGAAUGAAGAAACCAAUUCUCGAGUGUCUGUAGAUUCUGAUGUCAUCAAUAGAGUGAUGAGAAGAUAUAACAACUCCCUGAUGUUUGAUGCGAGCGAGCCUAAGAUGACCUACACAGUCCGAGAUCCCAUCAUUAAUGGAGUCUUCUCUGUCAAGAACCCCAGAGGGUUUGCUAAAAGGAUUGCGAUUCGCUCCCGCUGCUGGGACGCCUGUCUGGCAGUGGACGGCGGAUUUUCCUUCCAGUUUAACGAUGGAGCAAUGGCGUAUCUCGAAAUCCUACCAGAGGACGCGCUACGAACCGUGGUCCUGGACUGAACCGUUCUGAAUGUCACAUAAUCUCACAAAGGCUUCUCCAGUUUAACUAGUCUUGACAUUUGAGUGCACAUGCAAUGUGCCCUUCGUACUGUGCUCAUGGGCUGAACGUGACGAAAACUUGCAAAGGCUUCUCAGAUUUCACUGCUCUUGACAUUUGAGGGCCUUGUUAAAUGAUGGGACUAGAAGAACAGUUGACUUAAUGGUGGAGAGUUCUUGUGGACUGGACAUGGACACAUUGUGAACUGUGUUCUUGGACUGAACGUCACAUAAACUUUGGAAGGCUUCUGCAGUUUUACUAGUACAAUGUAUUGACAUUUGAGUGUCAUGUGUAAUGAUGAUGGUACUAGAAAUUGUGUAAACCAGAUAUACAUGCAGGAUGGAUCAGACAUAGACAUAUGCCAAAAAUUGGAUUGAAACAUUUAUGUGGAAAGCAUAGAUUUUUCUUGUGUUGUGAUGAUGUGAAAGUGUCUUUUGAGUCAAUUUUGCUGACAGAAAGUUUGUCAUCUGCUGGUGAAUACCUGUGGUUUGAUUACUCUCCAAGCAGAGGUUUGGGUUUUGGCUUACUUUUGGCAUGAUUUUAGGCUUUUUUAUCAGGCUUU